CCAAUUAAUCUAAACUUCCGGUCAAUUUUAGCGUAGUGUCAUUUUGUUAUGAAUCUCAAUUUUAUAGUCUAAAAGCCUCAGUCAAGAUUGAAAUUACAAAUUUCAGGCCCAGAAAAUGACAACACUGUCUCCUUUUACACCCCCUAUUGUAAAGCGUUUGUUAGGGUGGAAAAAAGGAGACAGUUCUGAAAGGGAUGACAAAUGGAGUGAAAAGGCCGUCAAAAGUUUGGUGAAAAAACUAAAGAAAACGGGAGGUCUUGAUGAAUUGGAAAAGGCAAUCACCAGGCAGGACGAAUCAACAAAAUGUAUAACUAUACCAAGAUCAUUGGACGGUCGAUUACAAGUGUCUCAUCGUAAAGGCUUACCACAUGUAAUAUAUUGUCGUUUAUGGCGAUGGCCUGAUCUGCAGAAUCAUCAGGAGUUACGUGCAGUGGAUGUAUGUGAAUAUGCCUUCCAUUUAAAGAAGGACGAAGUGUGUGUUAAUCCAUAUCAUUACACACGUGUAGAAGCUCCAGGUAAUUACACAUAUCAUUACACACGUGUAGAAGCUCCAGUCCUGCCACCAGUAUUGGUUCCACGUCACAAUGAUAUACCGGACAACUUACCACAACUAGAAAACUAUGCCAUGACAGUGCCUGAAAAUACAGACUUUCCAAGUGGUAACAGUGAAGUCUUUAAUAUACCUGAUACCCCUCCUCCUGGGUACAUGAGUGAGGAUGGUGACAACACAGACACACAGGGCAUGGAUGGCGUGGAUGUUUCUCCAAGUUCUCCUCUUGAUGCAGAACCAGUCACUUACAAGGAGCCAGCAUUUUGGUGCUCCAUUGCAUAUUAUGAACUAAAUAAUCGUGUUGGGGAGACAUUUCAUGCUUCAAUGCCCUCGUUGACAGUAGAUGGGUUCACUGAUCCAUCAAACUCUGAGAGAUUCUGUCUCGGUCUGUUGUCUAAUAUCAACAGAACACAACAAGUGGAAAUGACAAGGAGACAUAUUGGUAAAGGCGUGAGACUAUAUUACAUAGGAGGAGAGGUAUUUGCUGAAUGUCUGAGUGAAAGUGCUGUAUUUGUACAAAGUCCUAAUUGUAACCAAAGAUAUGGUUGGCAUCCUGCUACAGUAUGUAAAAUACCACCAGGAUGUAAUUUAAAGAUCUUUAACAACCAAGAAUUUGCUGCAUUGCUUGCCCAGUCUGUCAAUCAAGGAUUUGAAUCUGUUUAUCAACUAACUCGCAUGUGUACUAUUCGUAUGAGUUUUGUCAAAGGAUGGGGAGCUGAGUACAGACGACAAACUGUAACCAGUACACCAUGUUGGAUUGAGAUCCAUCUGAAUGGACCACUGCAAUGGCUUGAUAGAGUAUUAUGUCAGAUGGGGUCACCAGGACUUCCAUGUUCUAGUAUGUCAUAGGUCAGAAAGUCAAAAGGUCAAAAUAGUCAUCAAAUGAACUGAAAAGUGGCAUUGUUAUGUUGAAUUGUUAUUGACAAAGUCAUGAAAUAAAGGUUGUAAUUGAACUCUUUUGUAAUGGAGAUAGAAAAGUUGUUAACUGCUCUCUAUAGAUGGAGGUAGAAAAGUUAGAUUAGUCAUGUGCUUUGUAUGUGUUUACCCCUGUAUUUUAUUGUAUAUCACAUUGCUGAUCAUUGAUUUUAUAUACACAUUAUACAUAAUUAUGAUUUUUCAUUGUUAAGAGAGAAAGCUUGGAACCCUGGCUUAAUUUAUUUUUCGUACAUAUUUCCUAAUCACAUUGGAUAGAAUGGUUGUUGACAAAACUGAAUCAAUUUGUUGGCUUGAAUUUAACUAUGCACUUAAAUUGCCACUCUAUGAAAAUUGACCAACUGACAAUCUAAACAUAGCUUAAUUUAACAUAAAUAUGGAUUAAAAAUAAAACAGGAGUUCAACAAUGCUAUUAUGGUAAUUAAACUUAUGGAAAUGAAUGGAUAAGGAGAAAUUUAGAUAAAUAAAUUAACCAACUAGCACAAUGAUCCACUAUACCUACCACUUUGUAAGUGGGUGGUUUGUAGAAGAGCCAGUGUCCAUAAUUCACUUGACUGAUUACUGUACCACCACUUCAGUAAGUGGGAGGUUAUAAGAAGAGCAAGGGUUUCAUGGUUUUACUUAGCUGAUUAUUAUGUUCAUAGAUUGCAUGUUUUUAAAUUGUGUAAAUUAAGAUAUUUUAAAACAGAAAUUUAUUGUCAAUUUUUAUAAUGUUUUUAAUUUCAUUUUCAAUCUGUGAUCAGUGAACAGUAUACUGAUAAGAUACAAAUGUAGUCGUUACUGUUUAUUUUUUAGAAAGUACUAUUUUUUUUUCACCUGUAAAUUUUGAUUCCUUUUAAAGUGAAAUAAAACGUAUGGUGAUAUAUUCUUUCAAUGUUGAACUGUCAAUGAAUUUUAAAGUUAAAUUGAUGUUAUGUAUUGACCACCAAGAAAUUUACUUCUCAGGCAAGUCUGCUUCUCUUAAAAGGGAUUUGUUUCUUCAUUGUAUGUGCAGUUUUAGAUAAUGCUUACAAGAAUAGAAUAUUGAUAUGUAUUAUACUUCAUGUCAAAAUGCCAGAUUUUGAUUGGCCAAUACGAGGGAGACAAUUUACAGGGUCAAAAGUUAAAAGAAAAAAAAGGCUUUAAAAGAAGUAUGAAUUAACAAGGAGCUCCAGUACCAAAUUUUAUAAUCUGAUUUAUCUCUCUUGUGUAAAACCUUAUGAUUGGAUAAGACACCAAUAGCUCUGUUGCUAACAAAACUUCCAACAAUGCAAUGUUAUCAAGAAAUACAGAAAUUAUUACAUGCAUUUUUUACAUGACAGACCAAAUGUGAAAAUAAUUAUUGUGAUUGCAGGAAAAGCUGCAAACAAAUAUAUGUAACAGAAAUUGGGAUAGGAGUUCCCACUAUUGAGAUACUCACCCAGUCACAUGGGAGUUCCCACUAUUGUGAUACUCACCCAGUCACAUGGGAGUUCCCACUAUUGUGAUACUCACCCAGUCACAUUAUUCACAAUAAUAAAAUUCUGGCAGUUAUUUCUGAAUUUACAGUAGAUAUUAAUCACAACUCAGGAAACUAUAUGUUUCUUGUGCCAAAAAAUAUAAAAUUAUUAAACAGACAUGUAGUUAAAACUAUUUUAACUCACUGGUUAAGGGGUGUAUGAAAGCACCUAAUAAUGGGAGAAUUUGACUCAACUGGCUGAGGGUUUUAUGAAGGCACCCAGUAAUGGAAGAAUUUGACAUGCUUUUUAUUUUACAACAAAACUACUCAUGUGUAAAUUACUAUUUUUUUUAAAGGUCAGUUGAUUUUUAAAGAGCUUUCUAAACAACAUUGUUUGGUGUUAAAUUCAAUAUUGCUCUGGUGAAAAACAUCAAUUGUGGUCAUUUUGUUUUUGAGACACCCAAAGUCUGGCUUUGUCUUGAGCAUACAUGAUAUAUUUGCCACUGGACGUUAAGCAACCAACAAUCAAUCAAUCAAAUUCUGGCUGAUAUAUUAUGUUUCCAACUUCUGAAUGUUUUUUUGAUAGCUCUUAUAAAAUUACAGAUAUAUCUGAAUACUUGGAAGAGAAUUGGUUUACACAUGAGUGGUUUCUGGUGUAAGACAUUUAUUUAAUAGAAUGUUGUGUGAUGCUGUAAAUAUUAUAAUGCCAAAACUAAGGGGGGUAACUCUGAUGUGUAAAGUGCCUCAGGAUGUUAUAAUGAUACCGGUGACCAAUAGAGUUACUUCCCCUUCUAUAGUAGCUUGUACAUUGCUUCUGUAUAUUACAAAUAUUUCUUUCAAAAAUCAGGUAAAUUAUUUUUAGUUGAAAGCUUUUUCAAAAUAGUGGCUUAUUGUUGAUUUUGCUAAAAGACCAUCAAAUGUAUGGUAGAACUAUUUUUGACUUGUAACUUAGAUCACAUUGAAAGAUAGUUAACAGGAAUACCCAAAGACUUUUUCAUGUAGUUUUUUUUAAUCACAUUGACAGAAUACUAAAUGUUAUAAGGUAAAGGUUUUUUGGAAUGAAACAUAUAAUAGCAACAUUAGUGGGGAUGUUCUCUGCAUCUAUUAAAAUAACCCUUUUCAGAUACAAUGUAGAGUCGAGACCUAAAGUUUGAGGAGUGAUAUGUAUAACUAGUAGCUUUCUCAACCUGUUUCACACAUUACAAUGGUGCUUUAUAAUUAUGUAGACUCAUUGAUUUUAAAUCCUAUGUUACUUAUAUCACAAUGGCCAAACAGUAUUUCUUCUGUUUGUGUCAAAGUUCACAUGUUAUUUUUAAUUAAUUAACAAUGUUACCUUUGUUUUUGCAUAACAGAAAAUUAAAGACAAUUGUUCCAUAAAAUAGAGGAAACAAUUUUGGUUCAUUUCAUGUAAAGAAGGGCAAAGAAGAGUACAUUUGAAAUUUGCCUUUGAAAUAAUUUUAUCACUUCCAUACCAAAUUGGGAGGGAAAAAUAACCAUGAAUAUCAACUUUGGUUACCUCCCUUGUCCCUUAUCAACCCGGGGAACCAUUCAUUGACAAUGGUAAGCUAUUGGAAAGAGCAAAUUUACCUGUGCGUAAAAUUAUAAUUACAAAAAUAUAGGAAGUAGAAAAUAUAAAGCUGGUAAUUGUGACCUACAUUUUAUGCAUCAAAGAUUUAUGUGUAUUGUUGUUUGUUGAUUAUACAAAUAUAACAAAUCAUGUUUCAACUGUUAAAAUUGUCCAUAAAAGGUAAUUUUACAAAUAGAAAUUUAUUUCUGGUUCAGUUAAACAACAAUAGGUUGACCUGUAACUAGAGGUCACACAGUAAAUACACUAUUAUUAAAUAUUUGUUUUAUUCUCCACAAUUAGUGUGUUAUAUGUAAUGUCUCUAUGUCAUGAAAAUCAUAUAACCUUAAUCUGGUUCCCAAUCAGUUACAUUACAAAGAAUUAGAAUCAGUUUGCUCUUUUAUGAUGUGCUGUGCUUGGUACCUGGUUUUGUGCUUUAAUGCAUAUUUUAAUUUGGCACCUUGGUAACAAAUUUAUUUUAAUCAAAAAGUAAGCCCAUAGUAAGAGGAGAUUUAAUAAUUAGAUUUGGAAAUUAUGCAGUUUUGUAGAUCAGCUGCUCUGAACAUAUUUAUUUGAAGAAUCAUUAAUAUUUGGUUUAUUAAAUAUUUGUAUAUUUAGUCGGGUAGGAGGGGGUCUCAUCCCAACUUCCUGAGAAAAUGAAUGCCAAAUCCCUAAAUUCCUAUGAAAAUAAUGUGUAAGUUCGGGCAUCUAAUAUAAUUAAUUCCAAAAUAACUGACAAUUUAACUGGCCAUGAAUUAAACUACUCCAUCCUGAAUUCCAUAAGAAGGUCCUUCCGCCAUUCUAUAUUCUAAGACCAUUUGGUAUAAUUUUAAAUUCCAGGCUAAAAGUGGAUCCUCUUCAAAAGUCUAGGUAUAACAAACAAGUCAACCAUGUCUGCCAUUCAGAUAUGACAAGAGAGAACAGAUACUCAUAAAUGUUACAUGUAAAUCGACAUAUUUCAUUGACAUUAUGGCGUUUCCAAAAGUAAACUGUAAUAUUAUAACAACACUUUAGAUAUGUACUGUUUCAUGAAAUGACAAACGAAAGAUGACAUUUUUAUUUUUUAUUUCUCGUCUUACAAUUUAAGAAGCAAACAGUGAUAAUGAAUACAUAAUUAUAAAUUCUUAAUUUAAAAAAAAACAUUAGCUUUGUUAAGCUACUGCACUUUCUCCUUGGUUUUUCAUAUGUAAAUCAGUAUUGAAAAUUAGAAUAUGAUCAAUUUAAUGUAGAAAAAUAAUGGUGAAUUAUUCUGUUACCAUGGAGUUGACCUUCAUAUAUUGUGAUGACCUUUAUUACUGUUACUUUAGUCACAUGUGCUAUCUUUGUACAUUGUUUACAGUUUUAUGGCAAAUAAAUGUACCUGUGCUA